UUCAUCCAUAAUUCCGACUCGAUAUCAACUCUGAUCGCGCUCUAAAAAUCAUUUCUAUUGAUCUUUUGGUAGGAUGUGCUGGAUUUACUCCGGAAAAAUGCAAUGGUUCUCUACCAGAAGGCGAAAAACCGUGAGCCACUAACAAACUGCGAUCAGAGUAAAUUGUCCAGGACUGUCAUAUCAUCGGUACUCUCGUCAAAUUGCAAGCUCAAAUUGGGCAGAGAUGCGAUGAUUCACCUCUGCAAUGUCAUCAUGGACAUCUUUCCGUAUGAGAAUCCAGAGACUUACUACACACCAUCAGGAGAUGGGAAAAUGUGUCGCGGAAAGUUGUACAACUCUUAUCAGCAUUAUCGCUACACAGCUAGCAAAAGUGGCUUGCUGGACACGCCGAAGAAACGCCCUCAUUAUUAGAUUGUCUUGGCAGAGGCAUCAACAUAACAUACCUGUGUCAUGUCGUAGAUUUUAGAUCCAAGUGUAGCACAAAUAGAAGUGUCACAUAAGCCAUAUGAAUUAUUUGUAAAAGAACGCAUUAGAGAAUAAGAUUACAGUAGUAAACAGUGGACUGUAGAAAUAUUUGCAAACUAUCAUUUAAUCAUCAUCAAUAUGCGGAAAAUGCCAUUAAUGCAGAAUCAAAGAUUUAGCGAAAAUAAAGGCUAUUUUCACAUCAUUUGUGUCUCUGUGCUAGUUAGAAUUCCUCGAACUAAUUCCAUCAGUGAUGUUUAUAUCAGUAAUUUUCUUGCAUUCUCUAAAAUAUCAUGUUUUUUUUAUUUUUUU